AAGAGAGUGGAGACAGCACUGGAACAGUGUGGUCUGGUCAGCAACAGGGUAAUCAAUCAGUCAACCUAUCGAUAUAUAAUCAAUCAUUUCCCUGUCUGUCACAGAUAUCCAUUACAUCGUAACGGAUCCUUAAUGCUUCAUUUACCCAGAGUCAUCAAUACCAUAAUCUAAAACAUAAUAUAUCUUUAACAUCAUUUGAUAAAACAAUAAAUGCAUGUAUAGUGCUGAUCUAGUAUCAGGUAAUUCAUUAUGAUCUAAAAGGUCAAUCUGUUCCUAGAUCGGCACUCUUUCUGUGAGAUGCUGUAUGAAUACGGGCCUUGGUGUAUGAACUGGUUUUCAGGGCAGCAUGUGAACUGCUGAGAGCUGUGCAGAGUCAGGUUCAAAGGUCAAAGUUCAUCUUCUGUUUUCCUCCGUAACUAGGUGGUGUCCCCUUACCGUUGACCUCUGUCCAUUUCUCCCUACACACACACACACACACACACACACACACACACACACACACACACACACACACACACACACACACACACCAGUGCCUUGGCAACAUAGUGUGUUGCCCUGGUAACUGUUGGCCAGUCUUAGCAGGCCUGUGUAUGUGUGUUAUUGUCCUAUUCUGCCCCCUGCUGGUAGGACUGGUAAACUGACUGGUAAAGAGCAACUGCCCCUAAAAACCAACUUCUCAUUUAGAAAACAGCCUGUGUGGCGUCGAUAUGACAGAUCGUUUUAUUCUACUGUCAAAAUUGAAUACAAAGUGUAAAUUGGAUAAUUUUGGUCAUAAAGUAAAGUCUCGUCCAAAACCAGAGUUUUGUGAGAUUUGUGGUCGUGACUGCAUUACAACGCACAUUUUUAUUUUUUUAUUUUAUUUAACCUUUAUUUAACCAGGUAAGCCAGUUGAGAACAAGUUCUCAUUUACAACUGCGACCUGGCCAAGAUAAAGCAAAGCAGUGCGAUUAAAAACAACAACACAGAGUUACAUAUGGGGUAAAACAAAACAUAAAGUCAAAAAUACAACAGAAAAUAUAUAUACAGUGUGUGCAAAUGUAGCAAGUUAUGGAGGUAAGGCAAUAAAUAGGCCAUAGUGCAAUAAUUACAAUUAGUAUUAACACUGGAAUGAUAGAUGUGCAAGAGAUGAUGUGCAAAUAGAGAUACUGGGGUGCAAAUGAGCAAAAAUAAAUAACAAUAUAGGGAUGAGGUAGUUGGGUGGGCUAAUUUCAGAUGGGCUGUGUACAGGCGCAGUGAUCGGUAAGGUGCUCUGACAACUGAUGCUUAAAGUUAGUGAGGGAGAUAAGAGUCUCCAGCUUCAGAGAUUUUUGCAAUUCGUUCCAGUCAUUGGCAGCAGAGAACUGGAAGGAAUGGCGGCCAAAGGAGGUGUUGGCUUUGGGGAUGACCAGUGAGAUAUACCUGCUGGAGCGCAUACUACGGGUGGGUGUUGCUAUGGUGACCAAUGAGCUAAGAUAAGGCGGGGAUUUUCCUAGCAGUGAUUUAUAGAUGGCCUGGAGCCAGUGGGUUUGGCGACGAAUAUGUAGUGAGGACCAGCCAACAAGAGCGUACAGGUCACAGUGGUGGGUAGUAUAUGGGGCUUUGGAGACAAAACGGAUGGCACUGUGAUAGACUACAUCCAAUUUGCUGAGUAGAGUGUUGGAGGCUAUUUUGUAAAUGACAUCGCCGAAGUCAAGGAUCGGUAGGAUAGUCAGUUUUACGAGGGCAUGUUUGGCAGCAUGAGUGAAGGAGGCUUUGUUGCGAAAUAGGAAACCAAUUCUAGAUUUAACUUUGGAUUGGAGAUUCUUAAUGUGAGUCUGGAAGGAGAGUUUACAGUCUAACCAGACACCUAGGUAUUUUUAGUUGUCCACAUACUCUAGGUCAGACCCGUCGAGAGUAGUGAUUCUAGUCGGGUGGGCGGGUGCCAGCAGCGUUCGAUUGAAGAGCAUGCAUUUAGUUUUACUAGUGUUUAAGAGCAGUUGGAGGCUACUGAAAGAGUGUUGUAUGGCAUUGAAGCUUGUUUGGAGGUUUGUUAACACAGUUUCCAAUGAAGGGCCAGAUGUAUACAAAAUGGUGUCGUCUGCGUAGAAGUGGAUCUGAGAGUCACCAGCAGCAAGAGCGACAUCAUUGAUAUACACAGAGAAUAGAGUCGGCCCAAGAAUUGAACAAUGUGGCAUUAAUGUUGGGUUCCCUUCAAUCCGGGCCCACAUGCCACAGCUGGCAGCACACAAGUAAUCAUCAAUUCAGAGUGCAGCUGCACGUGACCCGAGCGUAAUGCCUGUGGUAAAUUUGGGUUGACUUUGGAUAUCCCUGUGGGACUAGUUAGGGACCAUUGGUAAAUUACACAGUGUACAUGGGACAAUAUGUCCAAUAGUCUAUAAAUUGUAGAAAUUCAUAUACAAAUAUUGAAAGCAUUGCAUGAUAACUGAAAGGUGUACAACAUGUAAAUAUUGUCUCAUUUACAUUGUGUAAUUUAUUGACGGUCCCUAACUAUCCCCGGCGAUAGGCUGUCCAAAGUCAAACCAAUUUUGCCAUGGUCGCAAACCAGCCGGCUGAAGCUAAUUGCCGAAAAUAAUUUGUCUAACUCUUCCCACCUGCGAACACACACAAAACACCUGCAUCAAAUCACACCCUGAAACCAACUGACGUUUUAAUUGAGUCAUGGCCGCUAGCAUUUCUUAAUGAACCAAAUCUAAAACGAGGCCAGAAUCAGGAAGUGCAAUUGCCCUUUAAGGCUUCUACACAUUUAUCUACAGUACCAGUCAAAAGUUUGGACACACCUACUCAUUCCAGUGUUUUUCUUUAUUUUUACUAUUUUCUACAUUGUAGAAUAAUAGUGAAGACAUCAAAACUAUGAAAUGACACAUAUGGAAUCAUGUAGUAACCAAAACAGUGUUAAACAAAUCAAAAUAUAUUUUAUAUUUGAGAUUCUUCAAAGUAGCCACCCUUUGCCUUGAUGACAGCUUUGCACACUCUUGGAAUUCUCUCAACCAGCUUGAUGAGGUAGUCACCUGGAAUGCAUUUCAAUUAACAGGUGUGCCUUCUUAAAAGUUAAUUUGUGGAAUUUCUUUGCUUAAUUCGUUUCAGCCAAUCAGUUGUGUUGUGACAAGGGUAGGGUUUGUAUACAGAAGAUAGCCCUAUUUGGUAAAAGGCCAAGUCCAUAUUAUGGCAAGAACAGCUCAAAUAAGCAAAGAGAAAUGACAGUCCAUCAUUGCUUUAAGACAUGAAGGUCAGUCAAUACGGAACAUUUCAAUAACUUUUAAAGUUUCUUCAAGUGCAGUUGCAAAAACCAUCAAGCGCUAUGAUGAAACUGGCUCUCAUGAGGACCGCCACAGGAAAGGAAGACCCAGAGUUACCUCUGCUGCAGAGGAUAAGUUCAUUAGAGUUAACUGCACCUCAGAUUGCAGCCCAAAUAAAUGUUUCACAGAGUUCAAGUAGCCGACACAUCUCAACAUCAACUGUUCAGAGGAGACUGCGUGAAUCAGGCCUUCAUGGUCGAAUUGCUGCAAAGAAACCAUUACUAAAGGACACCAAUAAGAAGAAGAGACUUGCUUGGGCCAAGAAAUACGAGCAAUGGACAUUAGACCGGUGGAAAUCUGUCCUUUGGUCUGAUGAGUUUUUUGGAUCCAACUGCCGUGUCUUUGUGAGACGCAGAGUAGGUGAACGGAUGAUCUCCGCAUGUGUGGUUCCCACCGUGAAGCAUGGAGCUGUGAUGGUGUGGGGGUGCUUUGCUGGUGACAUUGUCUGUGAUUUAUUUAGAAUUCAAGGCACAAUUAACCAGCAUGGCUACCACAGGAUUCUGCAGCAAUAUGCCAUCCCAUCUGUUUUGGGAUUAGUGGGACUAUCAUUUGUUUUUCAACAGGACAAUGACCCAACACACCUCCAGGCUGUGUAAGGGCUAUUUGACCAAGAAGGAGAGUGAUGGAGUGCUGCAACAGAUGACCUGGCCUCCAAAAUCACCCGACCUCAACCCAAUUGAGAUGGUUUGGGAUGAGUUGGACUGCAGAGUGAAGGAAAAGCAGCCAACAAGUGCUCAGCAUAUGUGGGAACUCCUUCAAGACUGUUGGAAAAUCAUUCCAGUUGACUACCUCAUGAAGCUGGUUGAGAGAAUGCCAAGAGUAUGCCAAGAUUGUGAAAAGCUGUCAUCAAGGCAAAGCGUGGCUACUUAGAAGAAUCUCAAAUAUAAAAUAUAUUUUGAUUUAACACUUCUUUUGGUUACUACAUGAUUCCAUAUGUGUUAUUUAAUAGUUUUUGAUGUCUUCACUAUUAUUCUACAAUGUAGAAAAUAGUCAAAAUAAAGAAAAACCCUUGAAUGAGUAGGUGUGUCCAAACUUUUGACUGGUACUGUAACUACAGCUGUGCAUUAGGAACAGACUCCAGAUCAGCCCUUACACUAUCCCUGUUAACAUAUUGUAUUAUGUCUUCUCUAACAGCUGACUCCAGAUCAGCCUUUACACUACCCAUCCGUCUAUGGACAGAUGUUGAAUGAAUCGGUGUGUAGUGUGAAGGUCCGCUGGACACAGUUGCCCAUAGUUCUGGACUAACCAACAGAUCAUCUAUAGUUGGUUUGCUGUAGUUGGAUGUGUAGAAGCCUUUCGACUGACACUCUUAUCUCUUCACUCUCCCCCCCCUUAUAUCUCCCUUCCUCCUUUUCUCCACCCCCCCCCUCCACCUCUCCACUCCUCCAUCCCUCUCUCCAGGCAGAGGGCAUUAAGCCAGAUGACUUUACAUGUGAGAUGUUCCAUAGCUUCCUCGACAGUCUCUGUCUCCGACCUGAGAUAGAACGCAUCUUCGUAGAGAUGUGAGUCACGCACGCACGCACAUACACACACAAACUCAUGAAAGCAAGCAAGCGCGCGCACACACACACACACACACACACACACACACACACACACACACACACACACACACACACACACACACACACACACACACAUGCUUGAAUGCACACACACACAGACAGUUACUUGCUGUAUACACCCUCUCUCAUAGUGCGACACAUUAUUACAUCAAACAACGCAACAAACCAUACCAACCUAAUCUCUCUCUAAGCAACACUAUGCCUGCUCUAGCAACCUAAUCUCUCUAUACCUGCUCUACCAACCUAAUCUCUCUCUAACCAACACGAUGCCUGCUCUACCAACCUAAUCUCUCUCUAUACCUGCUCUACCAACCUAAUCUCUCUCUAAGCAACACUAUGCCUGCUCUACCAACCUAAUCUCCCUCCAACCAACACUAUACAUGCUCUACCAACCUAACCUCUCUCUAAGCAACACUAUGCCUGCUCUACCAACCUAAUCUCUCUCUAUACCUGCUCUACCAACCUAAUCUCUCUCUAUACCUGCUCUACCAACCUAAUCUCUCUCUAUACCUGCUCUACCAACCUAAUCUCUCUCUAACCAACACUAUUCCUGCUCUACCAACCUAAUCUCUCUCUAUACCUGCUCUACCAACAUAAUCUCUCUCUAUACCUGCUCUACCAACAUAAUCUCUCUCUAUACCUGCUCUACCAACCUAAUCUCUCUAACAACACGAUGCCUGCUCUACCAACCUAAUCUCUCUCUAUACCUGCUCUACCAACAUAAUCUCUCUCUAUACCUGCUCUACCAACCUAAUCUCUCUCUAUACCUGCUCUACCAACCUAAUCUCUCUCUAUACCUGCUCUACCAACCUAAUCUCUCUCUCUACCUGCUCUACCAACCUAAUCUCUCUCUAACCAACACUAUUCAUGCUCUACCAACCUAAUCUCUCUCUAUACCUGCUCUACCAACCUAAUCUCUCUCUCUACCUGCUCUACCAACCUAAUCUCUCUCUAACCAACACUAUACCUGCUCUACCAACCUAAUCUCUCUCUAUACCUGCUCUACCAACCUAAUCUCUCUCUAACCAACACUAUACCUGCUCUACCAACCUAAUCUCUCUCUAACCAACACUAUACCUGCUCUACCAACCUAAUCUCUCUCUAUACCUGCUCUACCAACCUAAUCUCUCUCUAUACCUGCUCUACCAACCUAAUCUCUCUCUAUACCUGCUCUAGCAACCUAAUCUCUCUCUAUACCUGCUCUAGCAACCUAAUCUCUCUCUAUACCUGCUCUACCAACCUAAUCUCUCUCUAUACCUGCUCUACCAACCUAAUCUCCCUCCAACCAACACUAUGCCUGCUCUACCAACCUAAUCUCUCUCUAUACCUGCUCUACCAACCUAAUCUCUCUCUAUACCUGCUCUAGCAACCUAAUCUCUCUCUAUACCUGCUCUACCAACCUCUCUCUAUACCUGCUCUACCAACCUAAUCUCUCUCUAUACCUGCUCUACCAACCUAAUCUCCCUCCAACCAACACUAUGCCUGCUCUACCAACCUAAUCUCUCUCUAUACCUGCUCUACCAACCUAAUCUCUCUCUAUACCUGCUCUACCAACCUAAUCUCUCUCUAACCAACACAAUUCCUGCUCUACCAACCUAAUCUCUCUCUAUACCUGCUCUACCAACAUAAUCUAUCUCUAUACCUGCUCUAGCAACCUAAUCUCUCUCUAUACCUGCUCUACCAACCUCUCUCUAUACCUGCUCUACCAACCUAAUCUCUCUCUAUACCUGCUCUACCAACCUAAUCUCCCUCCAACCAACACUAUGCCUGCUCUACCAACCUAAUCUCUCUCCAUACCUGCUCUACCAACCUAAUCUCUCUCUAUACCUGCUCUACCAACCUAAUCUCUCUCUAACCAACACAAGUCCUGCUCUACCAACCUAAUCUCUCUCUAUACCUGCUCUACCAACCUAAUCUCUCUCUAUACCUGCUCUACCAACCUAAUCUCUCUCUAACCAACACAAUUCCUGCUCUACCAACCUAAUCUCUCUCUAUACCUGCUCUACCAACAUAAUCUCUCUCUAUACCUGCUCUACCAACAUAAUCUCUCUCUAUACCUGCUCUACCAACCUAAUCUCUCUCUAUACCUGCUCUACCAACAUAAUCUCUCUCUAUACCUGCUCUACCAACCUAAUCUCUCUCCAUACCUGCUCUACCAACAGAAUCCCUCUCUAUACCUGCUCUACCAACCUAAUCUCUAUCUAUACCUGCUCUACCAACCUAAUCUCUCUCCAACCAACACUAUUCCUGCUCUACCAACCUAAUCUCUAUCUAUACCUGCUCUACCAACCUAAUCUCUUUCUAACCAACACUAUGCCUGCUCUACCAACCUAAUCUCUCUCUAUACCUGCUCUACCAACAUACUCUCUCUAUAUACCUGCUCUACCAACCUAAUCUCUCUCUAUACCUGCUCUACCAACCUAAUCUCUCUCUAUACAUGCUCUACCAACCUAAUCUCUUUCUAACCAACACUAUGCCUGCUCUACCAACCUAAUCUCUUUCUAUACCUGCUCUACCAACCUAAUCUCUCUAUACCUGCUCUACCAACCUAAUCUCUCUCUAACAACACGAUGCCUGCUCUACCAACCUAAUCUCUCUCUAUACCUGCUCUACCAACAGAAUCUCUCUCUAAACCUGCUCUACCAACCUAAUCUCUCUCUAUACCUGCUCUACCAACCUAAUCUCUCUCCAACCAACACUAUUCCUGCUCUACCAACCUAAUCUCUUUCUAUACCUGCUCUACCAACCUAAUCUCUAUCUAUACCUGCUCUACCAACCUAAUCUCUUUCUAACCAACACUAUGCCUGCUCUACCAACCUAAUCUCUCUAUACCUGCUCUACCAACCUAAUCUCUCUCUAACAACACGAUGCCUGCUCUACCAACCUAAUCUCUCUCUAUACCUGCUCUACCAACCUAAUCUCUCUCCAACCAACACUAUUCCUGCUCUACCAACCUAAUCUCUUUCUAUACCUGCUCUACCAACCUAAUCUCUAUCUAUACCUGCUCUACCAACCUAAUCUCUUUCUAACCAACACUAUGCCUGCUCUACCAACCUAAUCUCUCUAUACCUGCUCUACCAACCUAAUCUCUCUCUAACAACACGAUGCCUGCUCUACCAACCUAAUCUCUCUCUAUACCUGCUCUACCAACAUAAUCUCUCUAUACCUGCUCUACCAACCUAAUCUCUCUCUAUACCUGCUCUACCAACCUAAUCUCUCUCUAACUAACACUAUUCCUGCUCUACCAACCUAAUCUCUCUAUACCUGCUCUACCAACAUAAUCUCUCUCUAUACCUGCUCUACCAACCUAAUCUCUCUCUAACCAACACUAUUCCUGCUCUACCAACCUAAUCUCUCUCCAUACCUGCUCUACCAACAGAAUCUCUCUCUAAACCUGCUCUACCAACCUAAUCUCUCUCUAUACCUGCUCUACCAACCUAAUCUCUCUCCAACCAACACUAUUCCUGCUCUACCAACCUAAUCUCUAUCUAUACCUGCUCUACCAACCUAAUCUCUUUCUAACCAACACUAUGCCUGCUCUACCAACCUAAUCUCUCUCUAUACCUGCUCUACCAACAUAAUCUCUCUCUAUACCUGCUCUACCAACCUAAUCUCUCUCUAACCAACACUAUUCCUGCUCUACCAACCUAAUCUCUCUCUAUACCUGCUCUACCAACAUAAUCUCUCUAUACCUGCUCUACCAACCUAAUCUCUCUCUAUACCUGCUCUACCAACCUAAUCUCUCUCUAUACCUGCUCUACCAACCUAAUCUCUCUCCAACCAACACUAUUCCUGCUAUACCAACCUAAUCUCUUUCUAUACCUGCUCUACCAACCUAAUCUCUAUCUAUACCUGCUCUACCAACCUAAUCUCUUUCUAACCAACACUAUGCCUGCUCUACCAACCUAAUCUCUCUAUACCUGCUCUACCAACAUAAUCUCUCUAUACCUGCUCUACCAACCUAAUCUCUCUCUAUACCUGCUCUACCAACCUAAUCUCUCUCUAACCAACACUAUUCCUGCUCUACCAACCUAAUCUCUCUCUAUACCUGCUCUACCACAUAAUCUCUCUCUAUACCUGCUCUACCCAACCUAAUCUCUCUCUAACCAACACUAUUCCUGCUCUACCAAACCUAAUCUCUCUCUAACCAACACUAUUCCCUGCUCUACCAACCUAAUCUCUCUCUAUACCUGCUCUACCAACCUAUCUCUCUCUCUAACCUGCUCUACCAACCUAAUCUCUCUCUAACCCAACACAAUUCCUGCUCUACCAACCUAAUCUCUCUCUAUACCUGCUCUACCAACAUAAUCUCUCUCUAUACCUGCUGUACCAACCUAAUCUCUCUCUAUACCUGCUCUACCAACCUAAUCUCUCUCUAUACCUGCUCUACCAACCUAAUCUCUCUCUAUACCUGCUCUACCAACCUAAUCUCUCUCUCUACCUGCUCUACCAACCUAAUCUCUCUCUAACCAACACUAUACCUGCUCUACCAACCUAAUCUCUCUCUAUACCUGCUCUACCAACCUAAUCUCUCUCUAACCAACACUAUACCUGCUCUACCAACCUAAUCUCCCUCCAACCAACACUAUGCCUGCUCUACCAACCUAAUCUCUCUCUAUACCUGCUCUACCAACCUAAUCUCUCUCUAACCAACAUUAUGCCUGCUCCAUCUCUCUCCAUCCCUCCUCCCCCACCCUACCUUCCAGUGGUUCUAAGGGGAAGCCCUUCCUCUCCCUGGAUCAGCUGACAGACUUUAUAAACCGCCGUCAGAGAGACUCUCGUCUCAACGAGGUGCUGUACCCUCCGCUGAAGAGAGAGCAGAUCAGACAACAGAUGGAGAAAUACCAGAGCAAUGCCAGCCAGCUGGAGAGAGGUGAGUGGGGUGUAAUGCCAGCCAGCUGGAUAGAGGUGAGGGGGGGGGGGUGAGUUGGGGGGUCAUAUUGCCAGCCAGCUGGAGAGAGGUGAGGGGGGAGGGGGAGGGGGGUGUAAUGCCAGCCAGCUGGAUAGAGGUGAGGGGGGGUGAGAGUAAUAGUGUGUGUUCAUGAUGAUGAUGGUCUUGGACCAAUGAUGUACUCCUGUACACUACUGUACAUUGACUAAACCGGCACACUGGAUCCUCUCUCUCCGACUCUAUCUCCCCCUCUCUAUCUCUUCCCUUCUCCUCCCCCUUCUCUCUCUCCACCCUCUCUCCCCCCUCACCUCUCUCUCCCCCACUUGCCCUUCCUCUCUCCCACUCGCACUCUCUCCACACAUACUCCUAUCGCUCAGUCCCCCACACUCUCUCUCUCUCUUCUUUCCCCCUCGUCUCUCCCCCUCAUCUCUCUUCCCCCUCUCUCUUCCACACUUCUCUCGCUCUCCAUCUCCCCCCUUCUCACCCUCUUCUCCCCCCUUGCGCUCUCUCUCUCCCACACUGCACUCUACUCCCCCCCUCUCUCGCACUCCUACUCUCCCCACUCGCUCUCUCUCCUCCUCUCCUUCUCCGCUCUCCCCCUCUCUCUCCUCUCUCCCCUCAUCCUCUCUCCCUCUUCCCCCCUCUCUCUCCCUCUUCCCCCCUCUCUCUCCGUCUUCCCCCCCGCUCUCACCCUCUCUCCCCCCGCCCCUCUCUCCCCCCCGCCCUCUCUCCCCCGCCCUCUCUCUCCAGACCAGAUCAGUCUGAUGGGGUUCAGUAGGUAUCUAGGGGGAGAGGAGAAUACUGUCGUCCCUCCAGAGAGACUGGACAUCAUAGAUGAUAUGAACCAACCCAUGUCUCAUUACUUUAUCAACUCUUCACACAACACAUACCUCACAGGUAGGUACACACACACACCUGACACACACACACACACACACCACACUGUUAAACACACUUAAAUACCUCACAGGUAGGUACACACACACACACACACACACACACACACACACAUAACACUGUUAAACACACAUAAAUACCUGACAGGUUAAUACACACACACACACACAUACAUACAGGCAUGCAUGCAUGCAUGCAUGCAUACAAUCUCAAAGGUACAAAGGUAUUCACUCCCUCCUCUCCCAGUUGGUCAGUUGACAGGUCUGUCGUCAGUAGAGAUGUAUCGCCAGGUGUUGCUGACUGGCUGUCGCUGUAUCGAGCUGGACUGUUGGAAGGGACGGCCGCAGGAUGAAGAACCUUACAUCACACACGGCUUCACCAUGACCACUGAGAUACCCUUCAAGGUGUGUGUGUGUGCGUGUGUACGUGUGUGUGUGUGUACUUCUACAUCACACACAGCUUCACCAUGACAACUGACAUAACCUUGAAGGUUUAAACCCAGACAGCGUAAGUCUGAAAUGACAACCUGCUGGUCCUCAUAGUGUCCUCAUAGUGUCCUCACAUUGGAGUACAUUGUUUAUGAUGUUCACCUGCCUAACAUAUUCUCUCUGUCUCUCUCUGUCUCUCUCUCGCCCUCUCUCUCUCUCUCUCUCUCUCUCUCUCUCUCUCUCUCUCUCUCUCUCUCUCUCUAUCGCCCUCUCUCUCUCUCUCUCUGUCUCUCUCGCUCUCGCUCUCUGUCUCUCUCUCACACUCUCUCUCUCUCUGUCUCUCUCGCUCUGUGUCUCUCUCGCUCUCUGUCUCUCUCUCUCUCUCUCUCUCUCUCUCUCUCUCUCUCUCUCUCUCGCCCUCUAUCGCCCUCUCUCUCUCUCCCUCUCUGUCUCUCUCGCUCUCUGUCUCUGUCGCUCUCUCGCUCUCUGUCUCUCUGUCUCUCUCUGUCUCUGUCUCUCUGUCUCUGUCUCUCUCGCUCGCUCUCUGUCUCUCUGUGUGUGUAGGAGGUGAUUGAGGCGAUAGCAGAAAGUGCGUUCAAGACCUCUCCCUAUCCCCUCAUCCUCUCCUUCGAAAACCACGUUGACUCGUGAGUGAAGCAUUCUGGGUAGUGAGAAGGGAAAUCCAAGAAUAUAGAGAACCUUCAAUUCGAAUGGCUUUAUUGGCAUGGGAAACAUAUGUUUACAUUGCCAAAGCAAGUGUGCAAUAAACAAGGGCAACAGUAGUAAACAUUAAACUCACAGACGUUGUAAAAGAAUAUAGACAUUUCAAAUGUUAUUGUUAUCUCUGUCUCUCUCAGGGCUAAGCAGCAGGCCAAGAUGGCGGAGUAUUGUCGAAGUAUCUUUGGAGACGCCCUCCUCAUCGACCCUCUGGAGAAAUACCCGGUGAGUCUGGGUUAGAGGUCAGGGUUGUCAAACUCAAUUCCUGAAAUGCUGAGUGUCUGCGGAUUCUCGCUCCUCCCUUGUAAUUGAUUGAUCAAUUAAUGUCACUGUUUACCUCAUUGUCUAGGUAUUAUUUGGACAUUGAAUUGAAAGGAAACAAACUUAUUAGCAGACAGAAUCACGGCCCUGGCUUAGGGGGAGGUAAAUGUUGGGUUGGAGUUACUGGAGUCAGUGGAGGCUGCUGUGGGGAGGACGGCUCAUAAUAAUGGCUGGAACUGAGUGAAUGGAACGGUAUCAAACACAUGGAAACCAGAUGUUUAGCCUGGCGGGUAGGACCGUUGGGCCAGUAACCGAAAGGUUGCUGGAUCGAAUCCCCGAGCUGACAAGGCAAAAAUAUGUUGUUCUGCCCCUGAGCAAGGCACUGUUCCCCGGGCGCCGAUGACGUGGAUGUCAAUUAAGGCAGCCCCCCCCCCCCCCCACCCCCCACACCUCUCUGAUUCAGAGUGGUUAGGUUAAAUGUGGAAGACACAUUUCAGUUGAACGCCUUCAGUUGUACUGACGAGGUAUCCCCAUUUACCUUUCCCUUGAAUGUAUUUGAGACUAUUCCACUCAUGCCGCGCCAGCCAUCACCACGAGCCCGUCCUUUCCAGUUAAGGUGCCACCAACCUCCUGUGCAUUAGGAACACUACUGACUCCAGAUCAGCCCUUACACUAGCCCUGUUUUAAUGUAUUGUAUUGUGUCUUCUCUAACAGCUGACCCCAGCUCAGCCCUUACCAUCGCCCCAGGAGCUGCUGGGUAAGAUCUUGAUCAAGAACAAGAAGAAGCACCACCACAGAGCGUCCACCGGGGGCAGUCUGAGGAGGAGGGCAGGAGACCCUGACAGUCUGGAGCAUGCUUCACCUCUUAACGGUAUACACUGUCUAUACACACACACACUGGAGCAUGCUUCACCUCUUAACGGUAUACACUGUCUAUAAACACACACACUGGAGCAUGCUUCACCUGUUAACGGUAUACACUGUCUAUAAACACACACACUGGAGCAUGCUUCACCUCUUAACGGUAUACACUGUCUAUAAACACACACACUGGAGCAUGCUUCUCCUCUUAACGGUAUACACUGUCUAUAAACACACACACUGGAGCAUGCUUCUCCUCUUAACGGUAUACACUGUCUAUAAACACACACACUGGAGCAUGCUUCUCCUCUUAACGGUAUACACUGUCUAUAAACACACACACUGGAGCAUGCUUCACCUCUUAACGGUAUACACUGUCUAUAAACACACACACUGGAGCAUGCUUCACCUGUUAACGGUAUACACUGUCUAUAAACACACACACUGGAGCAUGCUUCACCUCUUAACGGUAUACACUGUCUAUACACACACACACUGGAGCAUGCUUCACCUCUUAACAGUAUACACUGUCUAUACACACACACUGGAGCAUGCUUCACCUCUUAACGGUAUACACUGUCUAUAAACACACACACUGGAGCAUGCUUCACCUCUUAACGGUAUACACUGUCUAUAAACACACACACACUGGAGCAUGCUUCACCUCUUAACGGUAUACACUGUCUAUACACACACACACUGGAGCAUGCUUCACCUCUUAACGGUAUACACUGUCUAUAAACACACACACUGGAGCAUGCUUCACCUCUUAACGGUAUACACUGUCUAUAAACACACACACUGGAGCAUGCUUCACCUCUUAACGGUAUACACUGUCUAUAAACACACACACUGGAGCAUGCUUCACCUCUUAACGGUAUACACUGUCUAUACACACACACACUGGAGCAUGCUUCACCUCUUAACGGUAUACACUGUCUAUAAACACACACACUGGAGCAUGCUUCACCUCUUAACGGUAUACACUGUCUAUACACACACACUGGAGCAUGCUUCACCUCUUAACGGUAUACACUGUCUAUAAACACACACACUGGAACAUGCUUCACCUCUUAACGGUAUACACUGUCUAUACACACACACUGGAGCAUGCUUCACCUCUUAACGGUAUACACUGUCUAUACACACACACACACUGGAGCAUGCUUCACCUCUUAACGGUAUACACUGUCUAUAAACACACACACUGGAGCAUGCUUCACCUCUUAACGGUAUACACUCUAUACACACACACACUGGAGCAUGCUUCACCUCUUAACGGUAUACACUGUCUAUACACACACACACAGGAACAGGCUUCACCUGUUAACGGUAUACACUGUCUAUACACACACACACUGGAGCAUGCUUCACCUCUUAACGGUAUACACUGUCUAUAAACACACACACUGGAGCAUGCUUCACCUGUUAACGGUAUACACUGUCUAUAAACACACACACUGGAGCAUGCUUCACCUCUUAACGGUAUACACUGUCUAUAAACACACACACUGGAGCAUGCUUCACCUCUUAACGGUAUACACUGUCUAUAAACACACACACUGGAGCAUGCUUCUCCUCUUAACGGUAUACACUGUCUAUAUACACACACUGGAGCAUGCUUCACCUCUUAACGGUAUACACUGUCUAUACACACACACACUGGAGCAUGCUUCACCUCUUAACGGUAUACACUGUCUAUACACACACACACAGGAACAGGCUUCACCUGUUAACGGUAUAGAUACACACGCGUGUAAAGUAAGUAUGGACACACACCUACACACACCUACACACACUUCCACAGGUAUUAUGUUGGGACUUUUCCUCUAGUGGUAAACAGUAUACAGUGCAUUCGGAAAGUAUUCAGACCCCUUCUCUUUUUCCACUUUUUGUUACGUUACAGCCUUAUUCUAAAAUGGAUUAAAUAAAUAAAAAAAUCCUCAUCAAUCUACACACAAUACCCCAUAAUGACAAUACCCCAUAAUGACAAUACCCCAUAAUGACAAUACCCCAUAAUGACAAUACCCCAUAAUGAAAAUACCCCAUAAUGACAAAGCGAAAACAGGUUUUUAGACAUUUUUGCAAAUGUAUUAAAAAUAAAAAACAGAAAUACCUAAUUGACGUAAGUAAUAAUAUAAUAAUAUGCCAUUUAGCAGACGCUUUUAUCCAAAGCGACUUACAGUCAUGUGCGCGUACAUUUUUACGUAUGGGUGGUCCCGGGGAUCGAACCCACUACCCUGGCGUUACAAGCGCCGUGCUCUACCAGCUGAGCUACAGAGUAUUCAGCCCCUUUGCUAUGAGACUCGAAAUUGAGCUCAGGUGCAUCCUGUUUCCAUUGAUCAUCCUUGAGAUGUUUCUACAACUUGAUUGGAGUCCACCUGUGGUAAAUUCAAUUGAUUGGACAUGAUUUGGUAAGGCACACACCUGUCUAUAUAAGGUCCCACAGUUGACAGUGCAUGUCAGAGCAAAAACCAAGCCAUGAGGUGGGAGGAAUUGUCCGUAGAGCUCCGAGACAGGAUUGUGUCGAGGUACAGAUUUUGGGAAGGGUACCAAAACAUUUCUGCAGCACUGAAGGUCCCCAAGAACACAGUGGGCUCUAUCAUUCUUAAAUGGAAGAAGUUUCAAACCACCAAGACUCUUCCUAGAGCUGGCCGCCUGGCCAAACUGAGCAUUCGGGUAGAGAAGGGCCUUGGUCAGGGAGGUGACCAAGAACCUGAUGGUCACUCUGACAGAGCUCCAGAGUUCCUCUGUGGAGAUGGGAGAACCUUCCAGAAGGACAACCAUCUCUGCAGCACUCCACCAAUCAGGCCUUUAUGGUAGAGUGGCCAGACAGGAGCCUGGGGCAAAGGUUCACCUUCCAACAGGACAACGACCCUAAGCACACAGCCAAGACAACGCAGGAGUGGCUUCGGGACAAGUCUCUGAGUGGCCCAGCCAGAGCCCGGACUUGAACCCAAUCGAACAUCUCUGGAGAGACCUGAAAAUAGCUGUUCAGCGACGCUCCCCAUCCGACCUGACAGAGCUUGAGAGGAUCUGCAGUGAAUAAUGGAAGAAACUCCACAAAUACAGGUGUACCAAGCUUGUAGCUUCAGACCCAAGAAGACUCGAGGCUGUAAUCGCUGCCAAAGGUGCUUCAACUAAGUACUGAGUAAAGGGUCUGAAUACUUAUGUAAAUGUGAUAUCUAAGUUACAUUUCCUUAUUUUUUUAUACAUUUACAAAAAAUUCUAAAAACCUGUUUUUGCUUUGUCAUUAUGGGGUAUUGUGUGUAGAUUGAUGAGGGGAGAAAAACGAUUUAAUCCAUUUUAGAAUAAGGCUGUAACGUAACAAAAUGUGGAAAAAGUCAAGGGGUCUGAAUACUUUCCGAAUGCACUGUAUUGACAAGGGUAUGUAUUUCCUGUAGUGGUAUACAGUAUAUUGACAAGGGUAUGUAUUUCCUGUGUGUUUAGACUGUCAUUUCAGUGAGAGCGAGGGAGGCCAGCUGCUAUACAAUGGGGAAGAGAAGCUGGUGAAAGAUGGAGAUCCUCGCAAAUCUAUUGGUCAGUUCACUUCCUGAAUGAUAGAACAUGCUGGGGAGGGAGAGAGGGAUGGAUGGACAGAUGGACAGACAUAGGUAACAUGUUUACAUGUGUUCUGAUAGGAGGGGAGGGAGAAAGUGAUGAGGAGGAGGAAGAUGAACCAGUGGCUGAACUAAAGAAACCAAACUCUGAUGAGGUGAGUUCUCUACUAAUUGAUUGAUUGUCCUUUUAUUGUUCCCCGAAGAGUGUUCUAUUUACUUGGGUCAUCCUAGUGAGCAAAUGAACACGUAAUGGUUCUGUGUACCUCUCUGUCUCUCUUUCUGUCGGUCUCUCUCUCUGUCUCUCUCUCUCUCUGUCUCUCUCUCUCUCUGUCUCUCUCUCUCUGUCUCUCUCUCUCGGUCUCUCUCUCUCUGUCUCUCUCUCUCUCUCUCUCGCUCUCUCUCUCUCUCUCUCUCUCUCUCUCUCUCUCUCUCUCUCUCUCUCUCUAAUUCAAUUCAAUUUGAUGGGGCUUUAUUGGCAUGGGAAACAUACAGUUGAAGUCGGAAGUUUACAUACACUUAGGUCGGAGUCAUUAAAACUUGUUUUUCAACCACUCCACAAAUUUCUUGUUAAUAAACUAUAGUUUUGGCAAGUCGGUUAGGACAUGUACUUUGUGCAUGACACAAGUAAUUUUUCCAACAAUUGUUUACAGACAGAUUAUUUCACUUAUAAUUCACUGUAUCACAAUUCCAGUGGGUCAGAAGUUUACAUACACUAAGUUGACUGUGCCUUUAAACAGCUUGGAAAAUUCCAGAAAAUGAUGUCAUGGCUUUAGAAGCUUUUGAUAGGCUAAUUGACAUCAUUUGAGUCAAUUGGAGGUGUACCUGUGGAUGUAUUUCAAGGCCUACCUUCAAACUCAGUGCCUCUUUGCUUGACAUCAUGGGAAAAUCAAAAGAAAUCAGCCAAGUCUGGUUCAUCCUUGGGAGCAAUUUCCAAACACCUGAAGGUACCACAUUCAUCUGUACAAACAAUAGUACGCAAGUAUAAACACCAUGGGACCACGCAGCCGUCAUACCGCUCAGGAAGGAGACGCGUUCUGUCUCCUAGAGAUGAACGUACUUUGGUGCGAAAAGUGCAAAUCAAUCCCAGAACAGCAAAGGACCUUGUGAAGAUGCUGGAGGAAACUGUUACAAAAGUAUCUAUAUCCACAGUAAAACGAGUCCUAUAUCGACAUAACCUGAAAGGCCGCUCAGCAAAGAAGAAGCCACUGCUCCAAAACCGCCAUAAAAAAGCCAGACUACGGUUUGCAACUGCACAUGGGGACAAAGAUUGUACUUUUUGGAGAAAUGUCUUCUGGUCUGAUGAAACGAAAAUAGAACUGUUUGGCCAUAAUGACCAUUGUUAUGUUUGGAGGAAAAAGGGGUUAGCUUGCAAGCCGAAGAAAACCAUCCCAACCAUGAAGCACGGGGGUGGCAGCAUCAUGCUGUGGGGGUGCUUUGCUGCAGGAGGGACUGGUGCACUUCACAAAAUAGAUGGCAUCAUGAGGAAGGAAAAUUAUGUGGAUAUAUUGAAGCAACAUCUCAAGACAUCAGUCAGGAAGUUAAAGCUUGGUCGCAAAUGGGUCUUCCAAAUGGACAAUGACCCCAAGCAUACUUCCAAAGUUGUGGCAAAAUGGCUUAAGGACAACAAAGUCAAGGUAUUGGAGUGGCCAUCACAAAGCCCUAACCUCAAUCCUAUAGAACAUUUGUGGGCAGAACUGAAAAAGUGUGUGCAAGCAAGGAGGCCUACAAACCUGACUCAGUUACACCAGCUCUUUCAGGAGGAAUGGGCCAGAAUUCACCCAACUUAUUGUGGGAAGCUUGUGGAAGGCUACCCGAAAUGUUUGACCCAAGUUAAACAAUUUAAAGGCAAUGCUACCAAAUACUAAUUGAGUGUAUGUAAACUUCUGACCCACUGGGAAUGUGAUGAAAGAAAUAAAAGCUGUAAUAAAUCAUUCUCUCUACUAUUAUUCUGACAUUUCACAUUCUUAAAAUAAAGUGGUGAUCCUAACUGACCUAAGACAGGUAAUCUAGGAUUAAAUGUCAGGAAUUGUGAAAAACUGAAUUUAAAUGUAUUUGGCUAAGGUGUAUGUAAACUUCCGACUUCAACUGUAUAGUUAAAUCUUUUGGACAUCAGCGCAACCUUGAGGGAAUCUUUGAGUCAGAAAAGGAUGUUCAUAUGAUAAGGAAGAUCUCCAAAACCUUGCAGACGACAUAUCCAACUGACAAUCUCUUUAGAAUAAAAUAUCAACUAUUGGAACCAAGACUUAAAAAGAACUGAUGUUGGCACAAGAUGGAGGGAAUGUUGGCGCAUAACUAACGAAAUUACAGUUAGCAAAAAUGUGUGUGUAAACUUCCGACUUCAACUGUAUGUUUACGUUGCCAUAGCAAGUGAAAUAAACAUUAAACAAAAGUGAGAAGAAACAAAUUUAUGAUAAUAAAUUAACAGUAAGCAUUGCACUCAAAGGUUUCAAGUUUUAUAUUAUCGGCUAUGUACAGUGUUUUAGCAAUGUGCAAAUAGUUGUAGUAUGAAUAAUGGGGGGAAGAUAAAUAAACAGUAAAAUGUUGGCGGUAUUUACAAUGUUGUUUGUGCUCCACUGGUUGCCCUUUUCUCAUGGCAACGUGCCACAAAUCUUGCGGUAUUUUUCCUAACAGGUAUGGGAGUUUAUCAAUGUUUUAUUUUUUUAUUUUUUAUUAUUCUUUGUGGGUCUGUGAUCUGUAGGAAAUGUGUCUUUAAUGUGGUCAUAUUUGGCAAGAGGUUAUGAAGUGCAGCUGAGUUUCCACCUCAUUUUGUGGACAGUAUGUACAUAGCCUGUCUUCUCUUGAGAGCCAGGUCUGCCUACGGUGGCCUCUCUCAAUAGCAAGGCUAUGCUCACAAGGAUUUUAUUAAUUUUGGGUCAGUCACAGUGGUCAGGUAUUCUGCCACUGUGUGCUUUCUGUUUAGGGCCAGGUAGCAUUCCAAUUUGCUCUUUUUUGGUUGAUUCUUUCCAGUGUGUCAAAUAGUUAUCUUUUUGCUUUCUCAUAAUUUGGUUGGGUCUAAUUGUGUUGCUGUCCUGGGGCUCUUUGGGGUCUGUUUGCGAUUUUGAACAGAGCCUCAGAACCAGCUGGCUGAGGAAACUCUUAUCUAGGUUAAUCUCUCUGUAGGUGAGGUCUGACAGAAUCUGUGCAGAAGAUCUAGGUGCUGCUGUAGGCCCACCUUCAUCAGAAAACAGUAGACAUUUGAUUUCCGAGUCCAGUAGGGUGAAGCCGGGUGCAGCAGACUGUUCUAGUGCCCUCGCCAAUUCGUUGAUAUACACUGAGUGUAAAAAAACAUUAGGAACACCUUCCUAAUAUUGGAGUUGCACCCCCUUUUGCCCUCAGAACAGCCUCACUUUGUCGGGGGAAUGGACUCUACAAGGUGUCAAGCAUUCCACAGGGAUUCUGGCACAUGUUGAGUCCAAUGCUUCCCACAGCUGUGUCAAGUUGGCUGGAUGUCCUUUGGGUGGUGGACCAUUCUUGAUGCACAUGGGAAACUGUUGAGCGUGAACAACCCAUCAGCGUUGCAGUUCUUGACACACUCAAACUGGUGCGCCUGGCACCUACUACCAUACCCCUUUCAAAGGCACUUAAAUAUUUUGUCUUGCCCAUUCACCUGCUGAUUGGCACACAUACACAAUCCAUGUCUCAAUUGUCUCAAUCCAUGUCUCAAUUGUCUCCCCUUCAUCUACACUGAUUGAAGUGGAUUUAACAAGUGACAACAAUAAGGGAUCAUAGCUUUCACCUGGAUUCACCUGGUCAAUCUCAUGGAAAGAGCAGGUGUUCCUAAUGUUUUGUACACUUAGUGUAUAUGUUGAAGAGGGUGGGGCUCAAGCUGCAUUUUUUUACCAAUUUUAACUGCAUAUUUGUUGGUUGUGUACAUUUGAUUUUACAAUGUCAUAUGUUUUCCCCCAACACUGCUUUCCAUCAAUUUGUAUAGCAGACCCUCAUGCCAAAUUGAGUAAAACGUUUUUUGAAAUCCACAAAGCAUGAAGACUUUGCUUUUGUUUUGUUUGUUUGCCAAUAAGAGUGUGCAGGGUGUAUACGUGGUCUGUCAUAUUGCGGUAUUAUGGUAAGAAUCCAAUUUGACAUUUGCUGAGUCUGCUGUUGAUGAUACUGCAGAGGAAUUUUCUGUGAUUGCUGUUGAUGCAGAUUCCACUAAUUAUUGGGGUCAAAUGUAUCUCCACUUUUGUGGAUUGGGGUGACCAGACCUUGGUUCCAUAUAUUGGGGAAGAUGCCGGAGCUGAGGAUAAUGUUGAAGAGUUUAAGAAUAGACAAUUGGAAUUUGUGGUCUGUAUAUUUGAUCAUUUCAUUGAGGAUACAAUCAACACCACAGGCCUUUUUUGGUUGGAGGGUUUGUAUUUUGUCCUGUAGUUCAUCUAAUGUAAUUGGAGAAACCAGUGGGUUCUGGUAGUCUUUAAUAGCUGAUUCUAAGUUUUGUAAAUUAUCAUGUAUAUGUUUUUGCUGUUGGUUCUUUGUUAUAUUACCGAAAAGGUUGGAGAAGUGGUGUAUCCAUACAUCUCGAUUUUGGAUAAUAUACUCUUCGUGUUGUUGUUUGUUUAGUGUGUUCCAAUUUUCCCAGAAGUGAUUUGAUUCUAUAGAUUCUUCAAUCACAAUGAGCUGUUUUCUGACAUGCUGUUCCUUCUUUUUUCUUAGGGUAUUUUUUUGUACUGUUUUAGUGAUUCCCCAUAGUGAUGGCGUAAGCUAAGGGUUUCCAGAUCUCUGUUUUUGGUUGGAUAGGUUUCUCAAUUUAUUUCUUAGGUUUUUGCAUUCUUCAUUAAACCAUUUGUCAUUGUUGUUAGUUUUCUGCUUGAAUUUACAUUUCUCUAUCUCUCCCUUUUUCUCUCUCUCUCUAUCUCUCCCUUAUCAAUUCAAUUCAAUAGAUUUUAUUGACAUGGCAAGUUAAAUUACUUACAUUGUCAAGGUAUACAUAUAACAAAAAUGGUGGGACCAACAUCAAUAGUAAUAGUAGUAGUAGUGGAAAUGGGAUUACCAUUAACAGCAAUAAGGUAUCAAUAAUAAUAGUAGUAGUAGUGGAAAUGGGAUUACCAUUAACAGCAACUACAACAACAAUAUUAAUGAGAAUAACAAUACAUUAAAGCAAUAGUAGUAGACCAGUCUCAACAUGACUGAGAAGACACAUUACAUGGUAUGAAAGCCAAAACAAAACUAAAUGGGAAAUAUUAUUGGCAUUACACUGCACUUUUCACUGGCUGUCCCUCAGGUUGUGGCAAGAGGACACACAUUUGGCUUUUCACCCAAUAAAUAUUAUAUUUUUUUAUUCAUCUUUUGUUUCAAAUUCUUUGUACUGAAUGAUGUAUUUUUUUUAUCUCUCUCUCAGGGUACUGCUAGUAGUGAGGUGAAUGCAACAGAGGAGAUGUCUACUCUGGUCAACUACAUAGAACCUGUCAAGUUCAAGAGCUUUGAGGUCGCAAACAGUGAGUGUGUGUGUUGAGAGCGAGGUGUGUGUGUGUGUGUGUGUGUGGGGGGGAGGAUAGGCAUCGUUAGGCCUAACCACCACUCUCAUGUAGCUCAUUAGACCAGCUAAAUGAUCAGCCAAUCCACACACAUUGAUUUAUUUUAACAGAUUUUAAUAUAUUCUCUCUCUCUCUCUCUCUCACUCUCACUCUCACUCACUCACAGAGAGGAAUAAGUAUUUUGAGAUGUCAUCGUUCGUUGAGACCAAGGGUAUGGACACACUGAAGAGUGCCCCCAUUGAGUUUGUUGAGUACAAUAAGAAGCAGCUGAGUCGUAUCUAUCCUAAGGGCACCAGGGUAGACAGUUCGAACUACAUGCCUCAACUCUUCUGGAACGUAGGCUGUCAGAUGGUGGCUCUAAACUUCCAGACACUUGGUAAGUCCACUUCCUUCUAUUCUACUUUCCUUCCCUCCUCUCCUCUUCAUCCUUCCAUCCUCUCUCUCUCUGUCUCUCUCUCCUCGCUCUCUCGCUCUCUCUCUCUCCUCUCUCUCUCUCUCUCUACUCUCCUCUCUAUCUCACACUCUCUCGCUCUCUCUCUUCUCUCUCUCUCUCUCUCUCUCUCUCUCUCUCUCUCUCUCUCUCUCUCUUUCGCUCUCUCUCUCCCUCUCUCUCAUUCGGUCCCCCUGUUUCACUUAUUUCCAUGACUGACAAUCUCCCUCUUCCCUCCUCCCUCCCCCCCUACAUCCCUCCUCCCUCCCCCCUCCCUCCCCUCUCUCCUCCAUCCCCCUCUCUCCCUCAGACCUGCCCAUGCAGUUGAACAUGGGAGUAUUUGAGUAUAAUGGUCACAGUGGCUACCUGCUGAAACCAGAGUUUAUGAGACGGACAGACAAACACUUUGACCCCUUCACUGAGAACAUUGUGGACGGCAUCGUAGCCAACACCGUCAAGAUCAGGGUGAGUGGGUAGGAGUAACUGUGUGUGUCUCUCUCUCUCUCUCUCUCUGUGUGUGUAACCAUCUCCUUCUCUCCAUCCCUCCAUCUCCAGGUGAUCUCGGGUCAGUUCCUGACCGAUAAGAAAGUGAGUGUGUACGUGGAAGUGGACCUAUUUGGACUUCCUGCCGACACAAAGAGGAAGUAUCGCACCAGGACGUCCAAUGGGAACAGCCUGGACCCUGUCUGGGAUGACGAGACGUUUGUCUUCAACAAGGUAACGUUAACACAGCCUCAACACACACAAACCGAACACACACUCACAGAAACACAAAAACACAAGGUAACAUAGCCCACAAUGCUGGGAAAGUCAAACUUCUUUCACUACUUCCAAUUCCAUUCAUUUCAAUAAGGCUCAUUUGUUAGCCCUGCAUUGUGAUAAAACAACUGAUAAUGUCUCUCUCUCCCUCUAGAUGGGCCUCUCCUCCUCUCUUUGGCGGUCCUCUCCUCCUCUCUAGGCGGUCCUCUCCUCCUCUCUUUGGCGGUCCUCUCCUCCUCUCUUUUGCGGUCCUCUCCUCCUCUCUUUUGCGGUCCUCUCCUCCUCUCUAGGCGGUCCUCUCCUCCUCUCUUUGGCGGUCCUCUCCUCCUCUCUAGGUGGUCCUCUCCUCCUCUCUUUGGCGGUCCUCUCCUCCUCUCUAGGCGGUCCUCUCCUCCUCUCUUUGGCGGUCCUCUCCUCCUCUCUUUGGCGGUCCUCUCCUCCUCUCUAGGCGGUCCUCUCCUCCUCUCUAGGCGGUCCUCUCCUCCUCUCUAGGCGGUCCUCUCCUCCUCUCUAGACGGGCCUCUCCUCCUCUCUAGGCGGUCCUCUCCUCCUCUAUAGGCGGUCCUCUCCUCCUCUCUAGGCGGUCCUCUCCUCCUCUCUAGGCGGGCCUCUCCUCCUCUCUAGACGGUCCUCUCCUCCUCUCUAGGCGGUCCUCUUCUCCUCUCUUUGGCGGUCCUCUCCUCCUCUCUAGGCGGUCCUCUCCUCCUCUCUAGGCGGGCCUCUCCUCCUCUCUAGACGGUCCUCUCCUCCUCUCUUUGGCGGUCCUCUCCUCCUCUCUUUGGCGGUCCUCUCCUCCUCUCUAGGCGGUCCUCUCCUCCUCUCUAGGCGGUCCUCUCCUCCUCUCUAGGCGGUCCUCUCCUCCACUCUAGGCGGUCCUCUCCUCCGCUCUUUGGCGGUCCUCUCCUCCGCUCUUUGGCGGUCCUCUCCUCCUCUCUUUGGCGGUCCUCUCCUCCUCUCCACCCAGGCCUCUCUGGGAUCGUAAUGAUAAUCUCUCUUCUACUCCCCUCCCCUCCUCCUCUCUAGGUGGUCCUCCCCACCCUGGCCUCUUUGAGGAUAGCUGUGUUUGAGGAGAAUGGGAAGUUCCUGGGACAUCGGAUCUGCCCUGUGUCAACUAUCCGCCCUGGUCAGUACUGAGGAUGGUUUGCUUGAUUCAGGCAUUCAGACUAAGUGUCAUCUGUUGCCAUGGGGAUUCACUUGCAGUCUUUUGUUUCUCAAUCUAUUAUCAUAAUGGUGAAUCACCUCUAAUACUAUGAGAUCUGUUGUUUUCUUGGGAUCUUUGAACGAGUGUGUUUUUAUAAAUCCUGUGUGUGUGUAGGUUACCACUACAUCAGCCUGAAGAAUGAGAUGAACCAGCCUCUGAUGCUGCCCUCCCUCCUGGUCUACACUGAGGCUCAGGACUACAUUCCUAAUGAACACCAGGGUAAGAAAACCCCUACCCAUAACCCCCUAGGACUACACUACCUAUAACCAUCUCUAGGACUAACCUACCCAUAACCUUCUGGAACUACACUACCCAUAAGCCUCUAGGUCUGCACUACCCAUAACCCCAUGGGACUACACUACCAUAAACACCUAGGACUACACGACCCAUAAACCACUAGGACUACACUACCCAUAAGCCUCUAGGACUACACUACCCAUAAGCCUCUAGGACUACACUACCCAUAACCCUCUAGGACUACACUACCCAUAACCCCAUAGGACUCCUAGGCCUGGGCGGUAUUCAGAUUGUCAUACCUUUAUACCGACCUUGUGCCAUACCGGGAUAUUCGGUAAUACCGGCACUGAACACAAUGGGCGCUGUUUUUAAACCCCACUGGACCUUUGUAAACCGAAGGUUAGCAAUGCUACCAAGCACAUGUAGAAUCCCAUAGCGAAUGCUAUCUAAAUGCUAACGAGUGCAUUGCGAACAUUUUAUACAGUCUCUGACCUAAACUUUAUAAGUAGCUCAAAAAUGCUGCUCACGGUUUGCUGCACGCACAAAACAAAUAUUAGACAGCAAGGCUCUUGAUCCAGGUUGGGAUUCUCUGCUGUUACCAAGCAAAGCUUGAUUUUGGAAGAAGCUAACCACUUAGCUAGAUAGCUAACUAACUUCUAAAUUAGCAAACCAAAUGCACAACUGGAGAGUAUUUAGCACAUUUUAGACAGUUAACUUAAUAGUUAUAAGAUAUCUAGCUGGCUAAACAUUUAGUUGUGAAUUCCAUCCUGUAAUUAGAUAACCUGGCGCGUGCUGCACCACAGUGGGUGACUCACAAGGCUCCGGUCUCUCGUCGCUGUGUGCUUGUAAACAAACACCACGUGACUGGGGACUACCGGUAAGCAUCAUAAUGAAAGAUUAUGUGACAGGUAAACUGAAGCACGCAAUCUUCUUUAUCUCCUAACCUAUUGCACAAAUUGACUGCAGGUAUUAACUUAAAAAGUAGCUACAAAUACUCAAAUGUAUUAAAAAUGAUUGACGGUGUUGAAAAACCAUCCUUGUGGCUUUUUACAAAUAGCCUGGUAUACGGUAAAUACGGUAUACCACCCAAGCCUAAGGACUACACUACCCAUAACCCCCUAGGACAACACUACCCUUAACCCCAUAGGACUACACUACCCUUAACCCCAUAGGACUACACUGCCCAUAACCCCAUAGGACUACAUCCCUAAAGAACAACAGGGAUGUAUUCAUUACGCCGAUUCGGUUGCAAAACGUUUUGUCUGUUGCAGAACGUUUUGCAACAGAAAGAGUUAUCUAUUGGACAAGUUCAGGUCCCUCUCCGUUUCAUUCCAUUUGCUUCCGUUUGGUUCUUAAACGGUAAACGGUUAACGGUUUCCGUUGUAAGAUGUAAUGAAUACGCCCCAGGGUAAUGUGGCGUUCAUGACCUGAGUUAUCAGAAAUACUACAUUUUUACUGAGAGAACUCGUUCACGUUAGCUGAACUCUGACAUCACCUACCAAGGAAGUUACUUUGAUGACAGUGUUUUCUGCACUUAAAUGCAACAACAAGUGUUAUUAAGUGUGUGUACCAGGGUGCAUUGCUCCUUUUGUGUUGUGUGUUAUAGAGUAUGCUGAGGCCCUGACCAACCCCAUCAAACAUGUUUUAUAGAGUAUUCUGAGGCCCUGACCAACCCCAUCAAACAUGUUUUAUAGAGUAUGCUGAGGCCCUGACCAACCCCAUCAAACAUGUUAUAGAGUAUGCUGAGGCCCUGACCAACCCCAUCAAACAUGUUUUAUAGAGUAUGCUGAGGCCCUGACCAACCCCAUCAAACAUGUUAUAGAGUAUGCUGAGGCCCUGACCAACCCCAUCAAACGUGUUAUAGAGUAUGCUGAGGCCUUGACCAACCCCAUCAAACGUGUUAUAGAGUAUGCUGAGGCCUUGACCAACCCCAUCAAACGUGUUAUAGAGUAUGCUGAGGUCCUGACCAACCCCAUCAAACGUGUUAUAGAGUAUGCUGAGGCCUUGACCAACCCCAUCAAACAUGUGUUAUAGAGUAUGCUGAGGCCUUGACCAACCCCAUCAAACGUGUUAUAGAGUAUGCUGAGGUCCUGACCAACCCCAUCAAACGUGUUAUAGAGUAUGCUGAGGCCUUGACCAACCCCAUCAAACAUGUGUUAUAGAGUAUGCUGAGGCCUUGACCAACCCCAUCAAACAUGUUUUAUAGAGUAUGCUGAGGCCUUGACCAACCCCAUCAAACAUGUUUUAUAGAGUAUGCUGAGGCCUUGACCAACCCCAUCAAACAUGUUUUAUAGAGUAUGCUGAGGCCUUGACCAACCCUAUCAAACAUGUCAGUCUCCUGGUCCAGAGAGAGAGACAGCUAGCUUCUCUAAUGGAGGACAACAGUGAGGUGAGGAGACACACACACACACACACACACUCACUCUCACACACACACACACACACACACACACACACACACACACACACACACACACACACUGAUAGGCAGAGAGACACAGCUAGCUACUUUGGCCAGCAGUAAAGGGAGGAUACUGAUUAAAUCUGUCCAUUCCAGGCAUUACUAUGAAACCAUCCACUGAUUUUAAAGUAACACCAUCCACCACCGCAUGAGUUACAAAUUAAAGAGGUCACCCAGAUUGCAAAAGUACCUAUUGGUUUCCUUGUCAUGUAAGCAGUCAAUGGGAUACAUUUUUAUUUUUUUAUUUUACCUUUAUUUAACUAGGCAAGUCAGUUAAGAACAAAUUCUUAUUUACAAUGACGGCCUACCAAAAGGCAAAAGGCCUCCUGCGGGGACGGGGGGCUGGGAUUAAAAAUAAAAAAUAUAGAACCAAAUACACAUCACAACAAGAGAGACACUACAUAAAGAGAGACCUAAGACAACAACACAGCAUGGCAGCAACACAUGACAACAUAACAUGGUAGCAACAUCACAUGACAACAAAAUGGUUGCAACACAACAUGGUAGCAACACAACAUGGCAGCAGCACAAAACAUGGUACAAACAUUAUUGGGCACAGACAACAGCACAAAGGGCAAGAAGGUAGAGACAACAAUACAUCACAUGAAGCAGCCACAACUGUCAGUAAGAGAGUGUCCAUGAUUGAGUCUUUGAAUGAAGAGAUGGAGAUAAAACUGUCCAGUUUGAGUGUUUUUUGCAGCUCGUUCCAGUCGCUAGCUGCAGCGAACUGAAAAGAGGAGCGACCCAGGGAUGUGUGUGCUUUGGGGACCUUUAACAGAAUGUGACUGGCAGAACGGGUGUUGUAUGUGGAGGAUGAGGGCUGCAGUAGGUAUCUCAGAUAGGGGGGAGUGAGGCCUAAGAGGGUUUUAUAAAUAAGCAUCAACCAGUGGGUCUUGCGACUGGUACACAGAGAUGACCAGUUUACAGAGGAGUAUAGAGUGCAGUGAUGUGUCCUAUAAGGAGCAUUGGUGGCAAAUCUGAUGGCCGAAUGGUAAAGAACAUCUAGCCACUCGAGAGCACCCUUACCUUCCGAUCUAUAAAUUACAUCUCCGUAAUCUAGCAUGAGGUAGGAUGGUCAUCUGAAUCAGGGUUAGUCUGGUAGCUGGGGUGAAAGAGGAGCGAUUACGAUAGAGGAAACCAAUUCUAGAUUUAACCUUAGCCUGCAGCUUUGAUAUGUGCUGAGAGAAGGACAGCGUACAGUCUAGCCAUACUCCCAAGUACUCGUAUGAGGUGACUACCUCAAGCUCUAAACCCUCAGAGGUAGUAAUCACACCGGUGGGGAGAGGGGCAUUCUUCUUACCAAACCACAUGACCUUUGUUUUGGAGGUGUUCAGAACAAGGUUAAGGGCAGAGAAAGCUUGUUGGACACUAAGAAAGCUUUGUUGUAGAGCGUUUAGCACAAAAUCCGUGGAGAGGCCAGCUGAGUAUAAGACUGUAUCAUCUGCAUAUAAAUGGAUGAGAGAGCUUCCUACUACCUGAGCUAUGUUGUUGAUGUAAAUUGAGAAGAGCGUGGGGCCUAGGAUCGAGCCUUGGGGUUCUCCCUUGGUGACAGGAAGUGGCUGAGACAGCAGAUGUUCUGACUUUAUACACUGCACUCUUUGAGAGACGUAGUUAGCAAACCAGGCCAAAGACCCCUCAGAGACACCAAUACUACUUAGUUGACCCACAAGAAUGGAAUGGUCUACCGUAUCAAAAGCUUUGGCCAAGUCAAUAAAAAUAGCAGCACAACAUUGCUUAGAAUCAAGGGCAAUGGUGACAUCAUUUAGGACCUUUUAAGGUUGCAGUGACACAUCCAUAACCUGAGCGGAAACCAGAUUGCGUACCAGAGAGAACACUAUAGACAUCAAGAAAGCCAGUCAGCUGAAUAUUGACAAGUUUUUCCAACACUUUUGAUAAACAGGGCAAAAUAGAAAUUGGCCUAUAGCAGUUAGGAUCAACUUGAUCUCCACCUUUAAAUAAAGGACGCACCGUGGCUGCCUUCCAAGCAAUGGGAACCUCCCCAGAGAGGAGAGACAGGUUAAAAAGGUCAGAGACAGGCUUGGUGAUGAUAGGGGCUGCAACCUUAAAGAAGAUAGGAUCUAAACCAUGUGACCCAGAUGUUUUUUUGGGGUCAAGUUUAAGGAGCUCCUUUAGCACCUCGGACUCUGUGACCGCCUGCAGGGAGAAACGUAUUAGCGGGGCAGGGGGAAAAGAGGGAGGAGCAUCGGGGCUAGUCGCAUUAGAAGGGCUGGGAGAUGAGGAAAUGUUGGACGGGCAAGGAGGCGUGGCUGAGUCAAAUAGGAAUCCUGACUUAAUGAAGUGGUGAUUUAAAGAGCUCAGCCAUGUGCUCCUUGUCAGUAACAACCACAUCAUCAACAUUAAGGGACAUAGGCAGCUGUGAGGAGGAGGGUUUAUUCUCCAGGUCUAGACAGCAAGCCAUUACCAUGCUUUGGUUGCGUUUACGUGGCCACCGUCUCCAAAUGUAUUUUUUUUUUAUGAUCAACGUUCUGACUUCGUUGUAUGUAGAGUGUGUUGGAGCAGCCAAAGGAGGGAGGGCGGGAUUUGGAGGGCGACGCCCCCCUUGUGAAGAUCCCCUCCCCCCUCCAACCGGUCCCCUCCCCCAUCGAUGACAUCAGCAACCUCGUCAGCUCACCUGGUCCAGGUAGGGCUACAUUGUUACAGAGGAGGGUGGUGGGCGGAGAUACAGUGGGGGAAAAAAGUAUUUAGUCAGCCACCAAUUGUGCAAGUUCUCCCACUUAAAAAGAUGAGAGAGGCCUGUAAUUUUCAUCAUAGGUACACGUCAACUAUGACAGACAAAAUGAGAAAAAAAAAUCCUGAAAAUCACAUUGUAGGAUUUUUAAUGAAUUUAUUUGCAAAUUAUGGUGGAAAAUAAGUAUUUGGUCAAUAACAAAAGUUUCUCAAUACUUUGUUAUAUACCCUUUGUUGGCAAUGACACAGGUCAAACGUUUUCUGUAAGUCUUCACAAGGUUUUCACACACUGUUGCUGGUAUUUUGGCCCAUUCCUCCAUGCAGAUCUCCUCUAGAGCAGUGAUGUUUUGGGGCUGUCGCUGGGCAACACAGACUUUCAACUCCCUCCAAAGAUUUUCUAUGGGGUUGAGAUCUGGAGACUGGCUAGGCCACUCCAGGACCUUGAAAUGCUUCUUACGAAGCCACUCCUUCGUUGCCCGGGCGGUGUGUUUGGGAUCAUUGUCAUGCUGAAAGACCCAGCCACGUUUCAUCUUCAAUGCCCUUGCUGAUGGAAGGAGGUUUUCACUCAAAAUCUCACAAUACAUGGCCCCAUUCAUUAUUUCCUUUACACAGAUCAGUCGUCCUGGUCCCUUUGCAGAAAAACAGCCCCAAAGCAUGAUGUUUCCACCCCCAUGCUUCACAGUAGGUAUGGUGUUCUUUGGAUGCAACUCAGCAUUCUUUGUCCUCCAAACACGAAUAGUUGAGUUUUUACCAAAAAGUUCUAUUUUGGUUUCAUCUGACCAUAUGACAUUCUCCCAAUCCUCUUCUGGAUCAUCCAAAUGCACUCUAGCAAACUUCAGACGGGCCUGGACAUGUACUGGCUUAAGCAGGGGGACACGUCUGGCACUGCAGGAUUUGAGUCCCUGGCGGCGUAGUGUGUUACUGAUGGUAGGCUUUGUUACUUUGGUCCCAGCUCUCUGCAGGUCAUUCACUAGGUCCCCCCGUGUGGUUCUGGGAUUUUUGCUCACCGUUCUUGUGAUCAUUUUGACCCCACGGGGUGAGAUCUUGCGUGGAGCCCCAGAUCGAGGGAGAUUAUCAGUGGUCUUGUAUGUCUUCCAUUUCCUAAUAAUUGCUCCCACAGUUGAUUUCUUCAAACCAAGCUGCUUACCUAUUGCAGAUUCAGUCUUCCCAGCCUGGUGCAGGUCUACAAUUUUGUUUCUGGUGUCCUUUGACAGCUCUUUGGUCUUGGCCAUCGUGGAGUUUGGAGUGUGACUGUUUGAGGUUGUGGACAGGUGUCUUUUAUACUGAUAACAAGUUCAAAUAGGUGCCAUUAAUACAGGUAACGAGUGGAGGACAGAGGAGCCUCUUAAAGAUGAAGUUACAGGUCUGUGAGAGCCAGAAAUCUUGCUUGUUUGUAGGUGACCAAAUACUUAUUUUCCACCAUAAUUUGCAAAUAAAUUCAUUAAAAAUCCUACAAUGUGAUUUUCUGGAUUUUUUUUCCUCAAUUUGUCUGUCAUAGUUGACGUGUACCUAUGAUGAAAAUUACAGGCCUCUCUCAUCUUUUUAAGUGGGAGAACUUGCACAACUGGUGGCUGACUAAAUACUUUUCUUCCCCACUGUAUAUACGAGGACGGAAAGGUAUCAAACCCAUCAUAACGUUCCAUUUAUUCCAUUCCAGCCAAUACAAUGAGCCCGUCCUCCUGUAGCUACGCCCACCAGCCACUUCAAUUGCUAUCUCUUCAGACAACAACAUUUCCCCUCACAAUUGUACAGUUGAAGUCGGAAGUUUACAUACACUUAGGUUGGAGUCAUUAAAAGUCGUUUUUCAACCACUCCACAAAUUUCUUGUUAACAAACUAUGGUUUUGGAAAGUCGGUUAGGACAUCUACUUUCUGCAUGACAAGUAAUUUUUCCAACAAUUGUUUACAGACAGAUUAUUUCACUUAUAAUUCACUGUAUCACAAUUCCAGUGCGUCAGAAGAUUACAUACACUAAGUUGACUGUGCCUUUAAACAGCUUGGAAAAUUCCAGAAAAGGAUAUCAUGGCUUUUAGAAGCUUCUGAUAGGCUAAUUGACAUCAUUUGAGUCAGUUGGAGGUGUACUUGUGGAUGUAUUUGAAGGCCUACCUUCAAACACAAUGCCGCUUUGCUUGACAUCAUGGGGAAAUCAACCAAGACCUCAGAAAAACAAUUGUAGACCUCCACAAGUCUGGUUCAUCCUUGGGAGCAAUUUCCAAACGCCUGAAGGUUCCACGUUCAUCUGUACAAACAAUAGUACGCAAGUAUAAACACAAUGGGACCACUCAGCUGUCAUACGCGUUCUGUCUCCUAGAGAUGAACGUACUUUGGUGCGAAAAGUGCAAAUCAAUCCCAGAACAACAGCAAAGGACCUUGUGAAGAUGCUGGAGGAAACAGGUACAAAAGUAUCUAUAUCCACAGUAAAACGAGUCCUAUAUCGACAUAACCUGAAAGGCCGCUCAGCAAGGAAGAAGCCGCUGCUCCAAAACCGCCAUAAAAAAGCCAGACUACGGUUUGCAACUGCACAUGGGGACAAAGAUUGUACUUUUUGGAGAAAUGUCCUCUGGUCUGAUGAAACAAAAAUAGAACUGUUUGGCCAUAAUGACCAUCGUUAUGUUUGGAGGGAAAAGGGGAAGGCUUGCAAGCCGAAGAACACCAUCCCCACCGUGAAGCACGGGGGUGGCAGCAUCAUGCUGUGAGGGUGCUUUGCUGCAGGAGGGACUGGUGCACUUCACAAAAUAGAUGGCAUCAUGAGGAAGGAAAAUUAUGUGGAUAUAUUGAAGCAACAUCUCAAGACAUCAGUCAGGAAGUUAAAGCUUGGUCGCAAAUGGGUCUUCCAAAUGGACAAUGACCCCAAGCAUACUUCCAAAGUUGUGGCAAAAUGGCUUAAGGACAACAAAGUCAAGGUAUUGGAGUGGCCAUCACAAAGCCCUGACCUCAAUCCUAUAGAACAUUUGUGGGCAGAACUGAAAAAGUGUGUGCGAGCAAGGAGGCCUACAAACCUGACUCAGUUACACCAGCUCUGUCAGGAGGAAUGGGCCAGGAUUCACCCAACUUAUUGUGGGAAGCUUGUGGAAGACUACCCGAAAUGUUUGACCCAAGCUAAACAAUUUUAAAGGCAAUGCUACCAAAUACUAAUUGAGUGUAUGUAAACUUCUGACCCACUGGGAAUGUGAUGAAAGAAAUAAAAACUGAAAUAAAUCAUUCUCUCUACUAUUAUUCUGACAUUUCACAUUCUUAAAAUAAAGUGGUGAUCCUAACUGACCUAAGACAGGGAAUCUUUACUAGGAUUAAAUGUCAGGAAUUGUGAAAAACUGAAUUUAAAUGUAUUUGGCUAAGUUGUAUGUAAACUUCCGACUUCAACUGUAUCUUGUUGGUCAUCAUUAAAUGUGUAUUAUUGUGUGAAGUUAUCAAGCGUGUAGCGUUACCUUGCUGUGUAAUGAACAAACCGGUCAUGUCACAUUUCAACCACUCCUGUCAUGUCUCUGUCUCCACGUUUCAGGCCAGAAAGAGGAUCUUAUUGCUACAGUCCUGGCAAGUAAGUACUCUCCAUUCCACUCAUCUACAUUACAUUACGCCACAGAACUCACUAUCGCCCUCAUGUGGUGGGAGUCCAAAUAAUAAUAUCAGCUAAUUCCACUGUUUAUCUCUGUCCCUCUCCCCCCCUCCUCUCUCAGAUCUCCAGGCUCAGUCUAUUGAAGAGCUGAAACAGCAGAAGUCAUAUCAGAAGCUGUUGAAGAAACAGUGUAAAGAACUCCAAGAGCUCCAGAAGAAACACCUGAAGAAGGUUAGACUGACGCUCUCUCACCUCCUCCGUCUCUCACCUCCGUCUCUCUCUCUCUGGAGCAGAAUCAGAAAUAGUAACUGGCAGAGAUCUUACCAAUAAACGACGAUAAUAUUAUUCAUGAACGGCUAUUGAAGGUUUCUGUGUGCCUGCGUAUUGACAGGUGUGGGCCCUGAGUAAGGAGCAGAGGAGUCGCUGUAGCCAGCUACGCUCUGACACACAGAAACGACGCAGUCAGAUGGAGAAAAACCUGAAAUGCAGCAUGAAGAAGAAGUAAGGAAGGGAUGGUGAAGGGGACGAAGAAGAGUAAUCCAGAUAAUCCACUGGCCCAGGGCUGUAUUCAUUGGUCAGACGUCGUAGUAAAUCGUUUCGCUAAAAACAAAAACCGUUUACUCCAAAUAGAAAACGUUUUGCAGAGAGUUUCUAUUGGACAAUUUCAGGUCGGCCCCCUGACAGUUUGGUUCCGUUUUGGUUCCUAGUGAAUACACCCCUGUCCAUUCAGAACUACAGCCGGUAUCUAGAGAGCUGGAAGGGGGUUCGGAGUAAGAAAACAGGGAGAGACACGGUGGGGAAUAUAGAGUGUGUGUGUGUGUGUGUGUGUGUGUGUCAGUGAGCCAGCAGAGCCGGUGCAGAGGCAGCUGACAGCGUUGGAGGUGGAGCUACAGAAACGGACGGUGCAGCUCAGGGAGUGGCAGAUGGAGGAGCUGCUGAAACUACGACAACAACAACACACACUGGAGAGAGAGAAGAGACACACACACCUACGAGAGGUACACACACACACACACAACCCAGAGGUACACACACCAGAGGUACACACACACACACAACCCAGAGGUACACACACACACACACCCACACACACACAACCCAGAGGUACACACACACACACACCAGAGGUACACACACACACACACACACACCAGAGGUACACACACACACACCAGAGGUGUACACACACACACACACACACACACACACACACACACACCAGAGGUACACACACACACACACACACACACCAGUGGUACACACACACACACACACACACACACACCAGAGGUACACACACACACACACACCUACGAGAGGUACACACACACACACACACACCUACGAGAGGUACACACACACACACACACACCUACCAGAGGUACACACACACACACACACACCUACCAGAGGUACACACACACACACACACACCUACCAGAGGUACACACACACACACACCUACCAGAGGUACACACACACACACACACCUACCAGAGGUACACAACACACACACACCUACCAGAGGUACACACACCUACGAGAGGUACACACACACACAAACACACACACACCUACGAGAGGUACACACACACACACACACCUACCAGAGGUACACACACACACACACACACACACACACACACCUACCAUAGGUACACACACACACACCUACCAGAGGUACACACACACACACAAACACACACACACCUACGAGAGGUACACACACACACACACACACACACACACACACACACCUACCAGAGGUACACACACACACACACACACACACACACCUACCAGAGGUACACACACACACACACACACACCUACCACAGGUACACACACACACACCUACCAGAGGUACACACACACACACACACACACACCUACCACAGGUACACACACACACACCUACCAGAGGUACACACACACACACACACACACCUACCAGAGGUACACACACACACACACACACACACCUACCACAGGUACACACACACACACCUACCAGAGGUACACACACACACACACACACACACACCUACCACAGGUACACACACACACACCUACCAGAGGUACACACACACACACACCACACCUACCAGAGGUACACACACACACACACACACACACACCUACGAGAGGUACACACACACACACACCUACCAGAGGUACACACACACACACACCUACCAGAGGUACACACACACACACACACACACACCUACCACAGGUACACACACACACACCUACCAGAGGUACACACACACACCACACACACACACACACCUACGAGAGGUACACACACACACACACCUACGAGAGGUACACACACACACACACCCUACCAGAGGUACACACACCACACACACCUACCAGAGGUACACACACACACACACACACACACCUACCACAGGUACACACACACACACCUACCAGAGGUACACACACACACACACACACCACACACACACACACACACACCUACGAGAGGUACACACACACACACACCUACGAGAGUACACACACACACACACACACCUACCAGAGGUACACACACUCUUACCCCUCCUACUGUGUGUUCCAGGCAUCUCAGAAACUAAAGGAGACGUCCCAGGAAUGCCAGACUGCUCAACUGAAAAAACUCAAGGAGAUCUGCGCGAGGUAAGAUAGUUAUAACACUUUAUAACCACUGUAUUAUUCCCAAUAUAGAUGGACCCUAACCCUAUCAAAACACCUUUUAUUAGUACACUUAAGUUAUUAUACGAGAGGUAACAUACUGUUUUCUGAUCAUUUAUAAUAAUAAUUGAUUGGAUUUAUGUAGUGCUUUUCCAGCGCUCAAAGCACUUGCGUAGUAAGGGGCAAACUCACCUCAUCCACCACCGAUGUGACGCUAUCACUUGGAUGAUGACCUUUGUGCCAGAACGCUCACCACACAUCAGCUGUCAUAACAACUGUAUUACUCAGAAUGUACCUGGUCAGUUAUUCUGAUGGAAUCCCUUCCUAGUCUGAUGCAAUCGCAAGCUGCGUUUAUACUUUGUGAAUUAAAGGUGCCCUACUGUCUUUUUGAAAUGUUGUUGUUGAUUUGGUUAUGGUUGUUGUUGAUGAUCUGGUAAUACCAUUGUUGUUGUUGUUGUUGUUUACAGAGAGAAGAAGGAGCUUCAGAAGAUUCUAGACAGGAAGAGACAGAACAGCAUCAUUGAGGCCAAGAGCAGAGACAGAGACAAGGCCGAGUCGUACGUCAGUGUGUGUGUGUGUGCGUCAGCGUGGGUUGGAGUGUGUGUGUGUGUGUGUGUAUCAUUAUCAAAGGUAAUUACAGUCUCCCAACAUUUUUUAUGUCCCUCUCUCUCUUUGUAGAGAACAGAAUGAGAUCAACAGGAAGCAUAUCUCAGAUUCUGUCGCCUUAAUUCGCAGGGUAAGUGUGUGCAGGCCACACACACACACAUACACACACACACACACACACACACACACACACACACACACACACACACACAUACACACACACACACACACACACACACACACACACACACACACACACACACACACACACACACACGUCUUAUCCUCUGAGUAGUACCUCUCUUUUCUGCUCUCUGUCAGCCGUCUCCCUUUGUGAAGUCAAUAACUCUUAUCUCCCUUCCUCUUUCUCGCUCCUCUCUCUCUUUCCCCCCCCCCCACUCUAGUUGGAUGAGGCCCAGUCAAGGCGUCAGGAGAAGUUGGUCAUUGGUCAGAGAGAAGUCCUACGACACAUAGAGGAGGAGAAACCACUGGUGAGACACAGAGACAGACAGACACAGAGACAGACACAGAGACAGACACAGAGACAGACACAGAGACAGACACAGAGACAGACACAGAGACACAGACAGAGACACAGACAGACACAGAGACAGACACAGACACAGACACAGAGACAGACACAGAGACAGACACAGAGACAGACACAGAGACAGACACAGAGACAGACACAGAGACAGACACAGAGACAGACAGACAGACAGACAGACAGACAGACAGACAGAGACAGAGACAGACAGACAGACAGAGACAGACACAGACAGAGACAGACAGACAGACAGACAGACACACACAGAGACAGACAGACAGACAGACACACACAGAGACAGACAGACAGACAGACAGACACACACAGAGACAGACAGACAGACACACACACACAGAGACAGACAGACAGACACACACAGACAGACACACAGACACAUACAGACAGACAGACAGACACACAGACACAGACAGACAGAGACAGACAGACACACACAGACAGACAGAGACAGACAGACACACACAGACAGACACACACAGACAGACAGACAGAGACAGACAGACACACAGACAGACAGAGACAGACAGACACACACAGACAGACAGAGACAGACACACACACACACAACCCUUCAAACUUCAAAUAUACGAGGCAAAACGCAUCAUCAUGACAGUUUAAGCUCUGUACUGAAAGCGCUCCAUCUUGAAAAAUUGACUGCUGACAUGCACCAUUUUGGGGGGCAUUUUAUUAACAUUGAACUAAUGAAUAACGUACUUAAAGAACGUUUUUGAGUAAAGGGAUCAUUUAAUGUUGAAGGAUCCCUUUAUCUAAUAAAUCAAACUAUUUAAAUUCCAGCUGAAGGCCCGGUUGGAGCAAGACUUGGAGGCGGAGCUCCAGCGUCUCCCUGAGGAGAUCUGCCAAUACCUGCAGGCGGAACUCGAGUCCAAAGGUCUCUGCAGCGACGCCCUCUUUUCCUUAUCCAUUCAUAGCAGCCCUAGCUCCAGCUCAGGCACGCCAUCCAACUGCUCCACGCCCACUUUACCCUUAACGCCCAAUAGCAGUGCCUGGAACAGGAGCCUGGACAAUGGCAUCGCCUCAUUGGUGGAUUCAUCCUCUUCCUCUACUCCUGUCCAAUCAGAAGUAGAGUUGACCAUGGUGUAA